UUUUCUCAAAACAAAAAAAAUGUCAAGGUGUUCAUCUUUAAUUGGAUAUUGGAUAGGAGUAUUUCCCUUCUAGUUAUACUAGAGUAUAUAAAUUUCAAUAAAAGAUGUAUGAAAGUGCUCUGGGUCUCUCUUCAGCACUACAACAGUCAGUUAGAGAGAAAAUGGGGGAUACCAAAGUUGAGACAAUCUCAAGACUUGCUCAGUGGAAAAUUGACAAUUUUGGUCCUUGUUCUUACAAGAAAUCCGAUUCCUUUAAACUUGGUCUUUGGAAUUGGCAUAUAGCUAUUGAAAAGAAUCGGUAUUUGAAUGUAAGAUUAUUCCCAGAACCAUCAAGACAAUCAAAAGAUCAGCCACCACUUGCUCGUUUUAUUCUAAGAGUCUCUAAUCUGGGUAUCAGUCGAAGACCUUAUAUUUCUCCCGUUCAUGAGCGACUGCUUCGUAACAGCGAUGAUUUUGUCUGGCCAGUCGACACUACGUUUUACGGUCGCUUCGUCAUUGAUGUGGAGUUUCUGGACUUGAAGACCUGCCCACUUAACGGGGGUCAAGCGAUCUCAAUAUGGCCAGCUCAAGCAAAUAUGCAAUCUUUAGCCACUCAAAGUGCCCUCCAAACGCUGUCUCAUAUGCUUGACGAUGGCAUCCAUACCGAUGUCACUAUUACCACAGCCGAUGGAUCCCUAAAGGCGCACAAAGCAGUUCUUGUAGCGUGUUCUCCUGUAUUCCAAAGCAUGUUCCUACACGAUCUAAAAGAAAAAGAAUCUUCGAACAUCGAGAUAGAUGACAUGUCAUUGGAAUCUUGCAUGGCGCUGCUCCGCUACAUAUACGGAAGCAUAAAACCCGAGGACUUCUGGAAGCACAGGCUUGCACUUCUGGCAGCCGCAAACAAAUAUAAUAUGAUUGAUCUCAAAGCGGCUUGUGAAGAAAGUCUGUUGGAGGACAUUAACACGGGAAAUGUGCUAGAGAGGUUGCAGGAGGCAUGGCUAUAUUCGCUUCAUAAACUAAAGAAAGGGUGCUUGACAUAUUUGUUUGAUUUCGGAAAGAUAUAUGAUAUUGAGGAUGAAGUAAGCAACUUCUUCCAGACAGCUGAUCGGGAAUUACUAACAGAGAUGUUUCAUGAAGUUCUAACAGUAUGGAAACCAACAUGACUGCCCGCGAUGAUGCUUGUCAUAUGUAAACUUGUAAAUAUUGACGGGUUUCUCUCGGUUGUUUAUGGAUUGAAAAUCGAUACAGCGUGUAGCCUGUAUUCCUGUAAAACUGCAUAAAAUUAUGUUGUAUAACUCAGUGUAAUGUUUGUGACAGAGUCUAUAGAGAUCAAUGGUAAAUGCAGAUAUCAGUCAUUGUGUGAUUUAAUCUUUAGGCUCAUGUAAGGUAGGAGAAUGACAUACCAAUUAUUUGGUGGAAACAAUAGAGGUGGCUAAGGCAAGUUCAAUUUUACAAACAUUAUUAGAGACAGUUUCACUGUGAGACGCAAAAGUAUUAAAGGAGCUUAAUGUCGUAC